UCACACGCCAGUAACGCGACGCCCCGCCCACUCACAAAACAGCAAGUCUAUCACAAAGAGAGCAACAAAGACUAGAGAAAUGUACAGCCUAACCGACACACAAAACUGACAGAUGGUCUCAGUCUGAGGUCUCACGCGGAAUCGGCACCGAGACAAGACAACCGAAACCGAAAAAAAAUAAAAAUAUCACAAAGUGUAUGUACUCUAGAAAAAAAAAAAAUGUUUUGCUUCAGCUUCCCUAUAGACAAUCUAUGCCAAACUUCGCAUUGAGAUCCGGUUCAGGUGGUUGUAUUUUCUCCUGUGGUGUCUGUGUGGAGCGUGCCACACAUCCACUCCACAACAACGACGGCUUUCGCUUGCAUCUUUCAGUGUUUCUUCUGUCAGCAAGUUCAGCAGAGCUGCAACUCGUCUAGCGCCAGCCCAGAGGAACCCAGUGAGGAGCAUCACAACUGUGAGAUGGUAAAAAUGACAAAGUCCAAGACCUUCCAGGCCUACCUGCCCAACUGUCACCGAACCUACAGCUGCAUCCACUGCCGGGCACAUCUCGCCAAUCAUGAUGAGCUCAUCUCAAAGUCAUUCCAAGGCAGCCAGGGACGAGCCUACCUUUUCAAUUCAGUUGUGAAUGUCGGUUGUGGUCCAGCAGAAGAGAGGGUUCUCCUAACAGGUUUACACGCUGUGGCGGACAUCUACUGUGAAAAUUGUAAAACCACUCUGGGCUGGAAAUACGAGCAUGCAUUUGAGAGCAGUCAGAAAUACAAAGAAGGCAAGUUCAUCAUCGAGCUGGCUCACAUGAUCAAAGAUAAUGGCUGGGAGUGACCUUCACCUACUUCCUCUCCGCUCAGUGACCUUUGGGCUGCUCUGUCGUGGACUUUGCCGAGUGACACCACCACACGCACACGUAUACAAACAAAAAACGCACAGACACGCACGCGCGUGCACACACGCCACCGUCGACCAUGACGCAUCCUGACAUCUCUACUGGGUCAUCACAAAACUCAAAGGCAGAGUGA